UUCGUCAUUCACAUCGUCAAGCCGGAAGUACAGCGAACAAUCCACAGAGUGUAAACAGCGCAUGCUGUCACUCUCCUGUCACGCUUUCCUAAAACGGUCUACAUGACACACAUCUAAUAAGUUAAAAAAAAUGUCUCUGACGUUGUCAGCCCUGGAACUUUUGCUUUUAGAAGAUGAAAGUAAGAAGCGGAGGCGAAAAAUAAAAAGAAGCAAAUGGGUGAAAACGGAGAUGCAGCUGCAGCAACAGCAGCAGCAACAGGCUCCAUUAACUUUACCGACCCCCGCCACCUGGGACGAAGCAACGGAGGGCAGACUGAUCAGCAUGAUUCAGGAGAGGCCGGCUCUGUACGACGUUACACUAAACCUUUAUUCUAACCGAGAGCUGAAGUCCCAACUCUGGCACGAAAUCGAAAAUCAACUUUUUAUAUCGGAAAAAAAGCUGAGAAAGAGGUGGGAGUCCCUACGAACUCAAUAUGCCCGAUACAAGAAAAUGGCUUCUUGUGGAACACAGAAGACUGGCAGACAGGAAUGGAUCCUGUCUAGGCUGCAGUUUUUAGAGGCAAACGCAAAAAGGAAAUGCACCACAUCUGAGCUAACUAUCAAGGAGCCUUCCACUGCUCCUGAUUCCUAUGAAGCCUCAGACGGCGCCAGCAGCAACACAGGGAACAGCACCCCAGAGACCGAGUCAAAGCCCAGCUCUCCCAUGGCGUGGCAGUCCACCAUCUGCGGAGCGAAGGAAUCUUUUCUUCACAAUAACACGGCCACAUGGAAUGAGGAAACCGAGGGCAAAUUGAUCAGCAUGGUUCAGGAGAGGCCAGCUCUGUACGACAUUGCAGAAAAUCUCUAUUCCAACCGAGAGGUGAAAAUGCAACUCUGGCAUGAGAUUGAAAAUAAACUCUUUAUAUCAGAGGAAAGGCUCAGAAAGAGGUGGGAUUCUCUGAGAACCCAAUAUAUCCGCUACAAGAGACAGGCACCUCUUGGAGUGCACAAGACUGGCAGACAGGAGUGGAUCCUGGCCAGGCUGCAGUUUUUAGAGCCCCACACAAAAAGGAAGGGGGCCAUGUUCGAGGUUAAGGAGCCUUCGACUGCUCCUGAUUCCUGUGCACCCUCAGAUGGCACCGGAAGUGACCCCUGGACCCCAGUGAAGCACUGUUUCUUUGAGGCUGAGCCAAGGCCCAGCUCUCCCAUGGCAGAAUCCGCCAUCUAUGGAGCAGAGGAGCCUUUGCCAAUGACCUCCAGCCAGUCAAGCCUUCCUAAGCAUCAGAGUAUGUCAGAUGGGUAUGCCAACGAAGAGCCAACAAUAUCAGCACACACCAUUUGUAAUACCUCGAGAACUUUAGCCUCCCAGGAAGAUUGCAAUGACACCAUCUCUGCUUACUGCAAAGACAUUGAGCGCAAAAUGCGUAAAUUGUCCCCAAAUUUGCUGCUACAGUUCCAGCAGGAGGUGGACAGUUGCCUCUCUAAGUAUUUGUAGUACAUUUGAAAUGAUUUUAAUGGGCAUGUACAUACACAUAAAUUAAAACUGCUUACUUGUAUUUUUUUUUUUAAUCA